UCAGAUAGGUUUUUCAAGUUUUGUAAUAUUUGUUAAAAAGUAUGUUUCAUUUUCUAACAAAAGCUAUUAGACAAUUGCUUGCCCGCUUGGGUAAACCAAUCUAUUGCCUGGUCUAUGGUCAUCGACAGGAAGGCGGCCCUUGGACAAAGUCAUUACGCUGCUUGUGUAGAGUGAUAUUGGGAUUUGUGUUGGCCUAUCUAUUGUGGCAGCUUGUGGCAUUAAAUUUCAAUUUGAAUCGUCUAUUCGACAAGGCGCCGGUGCAUGUGCCCGUCUUCUCGAUGUUUGUGCUGGCCUAUACCCUGGCCUUUGUUGUCAAUCGUAAUGUGAGGGCAGUCACUCUAUUGAUAUUUGUGGCAUUGGUGGGCAAAUCAGGACGCAGUUAUCUGCGAGCUGUUGCAUUUGCUUUCGUUAUAUCGGGACCGAUUGAUAAUCUGGCCAAUAAUGCGGGUGAAGUGGCCCGGGUGUUUGCCUGCACCACAGUUUUGACAUAUAAUUUAACAAAAACUCGUUUCGAUUUGAUGGCAAAACCAUUCACAAAUACCCUGAAACAUAUGAAAGAGGACAUUGUGGAGAUACAAACGACUUUUGGAGAGCUCCAAGGUGUCCUGGCUGAUCUCAAAUAUGGUGUAGAGCAUACAGAUAUAGAGGAUGAUCAAUUUGGCACCGCCAACCGCUAUAAUCGCAAUAGUCGGGCGGCAGCGAAGGGCAAUGCCACCAAGCAACCGGAAGUCAACACAACCACUGCACCUGCACCUGCAUCUGCUGGUCAUCCUGAAUUGCCCAGUUCUGAUGAGGUGCAAGAAAAAUUUCUACGCAACAUGCGAAAUCGCUGCAAACAUCAAUUGCGUAGUGGCCAUCAAGUUUGCCAGCAAAUCUUUCAUCAGGGCUAUCACAAAUGCAAAACAAACUUUCCCGAUUUCAUUGCCCCGGCCAUAUGUUGGCCAUAUCGUGUGGAUAUCAUAUGCAAAAUCAAUAUCUUUGGCAAUCCGGAUAAGAUAUGCGACCCCGCGCAAGUGGUGCCACGCAAUUUUGGCGAAACCUAUGUCAAAUUGUUGAAUACAGAGCGAGAGCUCUUCGAUAAUAGUACGAAUAUUGAGAUCACUUAUGAGCUACAGAACUCGAGUGCCGUGCAGGACACAAUGCGGUCAGCUCAGCAGACAUCGGAGGCCUUCACCGAGGAUUUCAAUCGUCGCAAGAGAAUUUUCAAUGCCAUCAUGCUGUUGAUUGAGAAGUUUUUAUGUUUAUUCAUUCUGCGUGUCAUAUUCGCAUCAAUACAAUAUUUCCUACGCUAUCGUCGCAAUGUGGAAUUCGAUAAUUUCUAUAUAACCGAUUAUUUCAAACAUGUGGAUAAGCGACGCAAGGACACAUCGAAACGUUCGAUUCUACCCCUGAAGAGCUAUGAGAAACCCAACUAUGUGGAUGUCGAUCAUGUGUGCAGUCGCACGGCCGAAGAAUCGCGAACUGUGAUCUAUCAUCUAUUGCAACUCUCAUUGGAGGUGAUUACAGUGGGUCUGUUUCUGCUAAUGGAUCGUAUGGUUGUAAAUCUAUUGAGAAUUAUCAACAAACGAUCGCUAAUCGAAUAUCAUCAAGAGGGUGAACAUGAAGUUCGUUUUCAUAUUAAUGGUACUGGGCUGAUGGCUCGUCUCCUGCGCACUACCAUGAAGAAUUUCAAUAUCCAUGAACGUGUCUCCACAUCGCUGAGCAAUGAGGAUUGCCUGCCCAAGGCACAUGUUUUGCCCAAUAGUUUCUAUUACAAACUAUUGCUACUCUAUUUGGCCAUCAUAUUGCUUAUCUAUCAGAGUACGACCUUUUUGCGUUUGCGCCGCGUCAUUUGCAGCUAUUUCUUUUAUAAGAGGGAAAAGCAACGUAUACUCUUUCUAUAUAAUCGCAUGCUCCGCGAUCGUCAAUCGAAUUUCGAAAUCCUACGACUCCAUGCCGAAGAGAAUUUGGCCUCACGACGUGUCCAGGAUAAUGUGAAUAUUUGUCUGCGUUUACGUUUAAGUUUUCCCGAAGUGUUUGGCUGUCUGAGUCGUUUCUCUUGUGCGAAACGUAAUUGUUUGAUUUGUGACGUACUGGAAAAUGGCAAAUUUGUAAUAUGCCCCAAUUGUGGUUUACCCUAUUGUCGAGAUUGCUGUUUGGAGUUGAAAUCGCAUUGCAUUUCAUGUGAUCAGAUAAUGUUAUUUACCGCUGAUCAAAGAGGGGGAGGAGGAGGGGAUACCAGCAGCGAUGAGACUAGCGGUGAUGAAAUUUAUAGCUAUAGAAAAGAGAAAUGAAAUUCUGUUUCGCUUUAUGCUAUUAUAAUUACAUAUUUUUUCCAGUCUGUCGAAACUUAA